AUGGCGGCGCAGCCCCCGCUCGGGCCGCGGAAGCGGAGUGGCUCGGCGCUGUGCGGGACAGGCUGGGCCGGGGUCGCCCCUCCGGCAGCGGCGGGCCGCGGGGAAGCCCUGGAGAACGGCUUCCCGCCCCAGAAGCGCCCUAAGAGCUCGGGGGCGGCUGGGCGUGACGAUGCACCGGGAGACCCCUUCGGUGACAACGACGACUUUACAGCGGACGACCUGGAGGAGAUCGAUGAUAUCUUGGCUUCGCAGGCGCUGUCGCAGGAAGCUGCCGGCUCCCCUGCGCCCUGUCCGGGCCUUCCGAAACAGGCAUCUUGGCUUUUCUCUGCAGCACAGGAGGAUAAUCUGAUGAGAGAAGCCUUCCAGUUUGAAGUACUGCAAACACAGCAUGAAGAAAUUAAACAGAAGCUGAAAGAAAUGCAGGAUGAAAUCCUUACUAAAAAUGGAGAAAUUAAAAUUUUGCGUGACUCAAUGCAGCAGAUGGAGUAUGCUAUGGAGGAACAGAAAAGAUCAUAUGUGCUCUUGGAACAGCAAAAAUCCCAGACCUUAAGUGAAAAAGAAAAAGAGUUCUCCAAAAAGUUGCUGUCAUUGCAGUCAGAGUUGCAGUUCAAAGAUGCAGAAAUGAAUGAGAUAAGAGCACGACUUCAGAACUGUGAAAGAAACAAACAGGUUACUCAGACGGUUUUAUCACGAAGCCCUAAAAAGAAUUCUGCAAUACAAGUGAAAUCAGAAGGAUCUUCUCCACAGCUUGGGAAAAAAUAUUUUCCUACAAAGGAAUCCUUCAAUUCUGAAAUGUCCACUAGACCAUCAUGUUCUUCAGGAAAUGUGAUUGCCCCAACUACUUCGAUCAAAGAAGACAGUAAGAUAACCCACCCUGAAGUUUUAUCUGUGAAGCACGAAGCAAUGGCAAAAAACGGUUCCUACAAGUCUCUGCCUAAACGAAACACACAAGGUUCUAUUUUACUCAAUGCACUGAUGAAGCUGCCCAUUGUCCCUGGGUCAUCAUUAGGACUCUGCCACCUUCUUAGCAGCAGCUCUGAGCCCCUACCUGGAGCAGUACUGCAGCCUAACUAUUUGGAAAGGAAGUCCACACAACCACCCAGCAGCAGGACAACUCCAGAAGAAAUUGCUCCUCCUGUAUCCCUGCAAGAAGCUCAAAAACUUGCAAUAACAGGAUUGAACUUGAUUGCUCUGGACGAAGGAUUAUCUGAAGGAAGCCCAACAGGAAGCCCAAGAGACAUCCUGCACCUCACCUGCUGCAAGAUCCGAGGGGCCGUGCACCUCUUGCCCUUGGUAGAACACCACAUUGGUGCCUACUGUCAAGCAGUACAGUUGGUGGACAAGUCAGUAAACGGUUCUUGUGGAGACCAUUCAGCUGUUUCUUCCAGAACCAACACAAAUACCGUGUCAAGUAAGGAGGACUUCAGGUUGUCUCUUGAAGAAACUACACUUAUAUCCUUGGAUGUUCUUUAUUAUUUGGUAUUUUAUAGCUGGGAUGUUGUCCACACUUUGCUAUCUGCUGAAGUGGAAGAAGGUUCUGCUGCUGGAGAUGAACAGGUUUCCAAGAUGGACACAAAGGUGUUAUGUGAUAAUCAGUCUAAUAAUAAAGAAGAUAACAGGACACAUGGAGGGCUGCCUGUAGCUCCACAGGAUGCUCCCAGUAAGGAUGGAACUCAGCAUUCUUUGUUUAAAAAGCUGCUUCAGGUUCUAGCUUUUUCUGCUGCAAGAGGGGCCCAGACUGACAGUAUACUGAACCACAGCCUAAAGGUUUUGGUGAAAUUAGCUGAGAAUUCAACAAUGGACUUGCUAAUAAAUUUUCAGCACUUACUGAGUAGCCAAACGCUGCUGCAGUGUCUCUCUCCAGAGACCCCUCUGCCUGCUGUCCUUUCAACUGUCAGACUGUUGUGUAUUCUUGCUCAACACCACACCUUGGUUGGUCAACUGUGUUCUCACUCAGACACCUGCCGCCUUCUUGCACUGUACAUGUACAUUACAUCAAGACCAGAUAAAUCAGCAUCUGAAAUGCUUUGGCUUCAGCUGGAACAAGAGACAGUGAGGCUCCUGAGCAGGUGCAUGCAGUGUUCCAGACCAGCAGUUUUACUACCUGGUUCAGACUGCCAGUGUAAUCUUGAGGUGGUUAAGGCACUAAUUGUAAUGUUACAUAGACAGUGGAUGAAGAUUAGAAGAUCUGAGAGUAGCCUGUGUGCACAUAAGGAACAAAUAAUUCAGUUUUUACGGGAUGCUGCUUUACUCUUACACAGCCUAUCUCAGAAAGAUAAACUGUUUCAUGAACACUGUUUGGAGGUUCUCCAUCAGUAUGACCAAGCCAUGCCAGGAAUAAGAGCCAUUCUCAAAAAGACUCACAAACUGAGUGCCUGUGAAGAGUUGAUUUUGGAUGAAUUAUAUCCUACUGAGCCAGAAGCAGAAGACCAUGGAAUAGACUCCAGCUAGCUAACACAUAGCCAAGAUCUCAGUCCUUCCUCAUCUAAAUAACAAUCAUUGCCAGUGGAAAUCCAAUAUUUAGAUCUGUUUUAUUAGGGGAUCAUCUAAAGGUUGCACUCAAAUGCAGCACAACUAAGACAUUCCUUUGUUGUGGUUAUUUUCAGCACUAUCUAACCGUAGCUGAAAGCAAGGAAAUGUCAAUGUAAGAAUGAUGCUGUGAUGUCCUGUUUUGCUGUGCAAAACCACUCAAUGGCCUAGGACUGGUUCUGUUUGGGAAUUCCAUCCGUUAUGAGACUGCUGUGAAUGG